AAACUAAAUUCAAGAGCAAUUUUCGAAUGAUAUUUCAUCAAUUCGUUACCAGCUACAGUCAUACUCAAAAUGAAGUUGGGACGAGGUACAAAGUUGACGUUGUUAUUCGUAACUACAUUUAGCUGUGUCAAAAUUGCGGGUGGUGUCUGGAUGGAAUAUGAAAUAGCAGGUUUUGAUAAUAUGGAUGGUUCGCUUCUCAAAACAGACCUCAAGUCUAAGCGCUACGAUAAAACAAGCUUUGGAAUUAGUGGAACGGUUCAUAUAGUAAAUGAUUUUUGUGAUGAUUUUGAGAUUGAGCUCGUCCUUUUCCACAGUGCUAAAGGCAACAAUCAAUUCGUUAAAAUGCCUUACAAAGUUCCUAAGGAUGAUUUAUGCACUACAGUGAACGGGAUAUACAUUAAAAGUAAAUGUGCGAGAGAUGUUGCGGCUGCAUCGGAUCUUCCAGCUCCGGUAGAAAAUGAAUCACUGUGCGCGUUAUACAAAGCAGGAAAUUACACCAUUAAACAGUAUAUAUUGGGAAAGGAUGUGGUGCCGAAAUUUCUACAGACUGGUUUAUAUAAGGCACAAAUUCUUGUUAACAAGAAGGGUUCCGAUGAAGUGUCAACGUUUACACUUCACGUAAAAUUAUAUUGAAUAUACCUUUCUGACGUCCAAUACAAUUUUAAAAUAUUAGGAGUCCACACUGUGUAGACUGCACAAUUUUUUAAUUGGCAUUGCAAUGUAUUAACGUAAGUCAACAUAUUCUUUGAAAUUCAAAGUUUUAAUAAAAUAUUUUGAAUGGGGAAUGGAAAUAACUCUUCAGAGUAAAAGUUCUUGUCAAUUGUCAAUUAUGAGCAAAAUUUAAAAUCCGACCCAAUUUCUAAUAUUAUUGGAGCAAUACAAUACAGACUGAGUGUCGAAUUUUAAAUUAGGUUCACCAUAACUACGAUCAAUAAAUUGUACAAGUAUAU